CUAAAACAUUUGUAAUCAUUUUGAGGAAAUGACAAAACUGCCCAUGCCUUCGUUCCUACUCUUUUAAGGCUCCCUCGACACACACGACUACAUCUCUCUGUAAUUUUACCCUCCGAGGAUUUCUUUGAUUCACUUACCGCUUACCACUAUAUAUCAACAGAUUCCAUUCAUCAAGAAAGUGUCAAAGAAGUAUUUUUCGCCUUCGAAUCAGCACAGGUUUGUGCUAAAAGACUAAUGUUUAUUUGACAUUCUGAGCUGGGUAACCUAAAAUCUUGAACUCUCCAAACCCUAUUUCUUUUUCUUUUUUCUUGAUUUUUUUUUGAAUCAAGAUCUGAUUCUUGUAGCCUUUCUUAGUUUGUAUCAAGUGGGUUUGUUGUAAUUUCAACUAGUAGAUGUUUAUAUCGGUUGUUUAUUGAAUUCACGAACUGGGUUUAGAUUAAAGAUUAAAAUAAUCAAAUAAAAAACCUUUCUUGCGUGUUCUUCACAGUUCGCGCAUUUUGAAAACAUACAGAAAACUUGAUGCUUCUUGUAGGUUUUCAUAUCUGCUAAAAUGCGCCUUCUUGCAUCUUUUCCUCCUCCUCCUACCCCUCUUGCUAAUCCCCCUUCUCAUACGGAUUCCAAAACUAACUCAACCCUGUUAUUUGCUAGAAACAUUAUAAUUGUGAUAGCGGUUAUGUUCUUUAUAUGUGGUUUACUCCAUUUACUGGUGAGGUAUUUGAUAAAGAGGAAAAGAUCUUCAAAUUCCCAUUUUCAAUCUUCAAGAUUUCAAGAAAGUGGUGUCGAUGAUGAUGGUGAUGGUGAUGCGUAUGAGAGACAAUUACAACAGCUUUUCAAUCUACAUGAUUCUGGGUUAGAUCAAGCUUUCAUUGAUGCGCUCCCAGUGUUUUCUUACAAAGAAUUAAUGGGGUUAAAAGAGCCUUUCGAUUGUGCUGUUUGCCUUUGUGAAUUUACACAACAGGACAAUUUAAGAUUGUUACCUUUAUGCAGCCAUGCUUUCCAUAUGCAAUGUAUAGACACUUGGUUGCUUUCAAAUUCAACUUGUCCUUUAUGCAGAGGAACCCUUUUCACUCCUGGUUUUUCCGUUGAAAAUCCUGUCUUUGAGUUUAAUGAUUCAAGGGAAGAAGAUGACGACCAAGGGCAUUUUGGUCAUUUCAAGCAAUCCGAGGGUAGUAUCGGUAACGAAAAGAGGGUGUAUCCGGUUAGACUUGGAAAGUUUAGAGCCACAAAUGUUGGAAAAAGAGAUGAAAAGGAAGUUGGGGAGACAAGUAAUAGCAAUUUUGAUGCAAGAAGAUGUUACUCGAUGGGAUCUUAUGAGUAUGUGGUGGGAAACUCAGAUUUAAGAGUGGCGUUUGUUCCCAAUAGAGGUAGUAGUAGUAGAAGGGGCAGUUUUGGUAAUAAAGAUAAAGAAAAUAGCUCGAUUGAUGGGGGUAAUGAUGGAAAGAAAAUCAGCAAUAGAAGCAAAGGUGAGAGCUUUUCAGUUUCCAAGAUUUGGCUUUGGUCAAAGAGAGAUCAUCAUAAAGGUCAAAUAUCUUCAGGUACCAAUACCCAUAUGGUUAAUUCGUCUGUUAAUGUUAGUUUACCCUUUAGAAAUGCAAAUAAUACUCAUAGUUGACAUUUCAAGAGCCAAUACUUUUUUUUUAUGAAGUUGUUUAUUCAAUUUUCCGUUCUUGUUUCUUUAGUGGAGUGAAGAUUUUGUGAAUGAUUCUUAUUUCCUUUUCAUGAUUAACUUUAGUAAAGAUGGCAACAUGUACUCAUUACUUUUAUCAUUUUGUUUAAUAUUGUGUCCUUUUUCAUUGUUGAAUAUGAUGGGUUAUGUAAUGGUUCAGACCUUUUAAAUACUCUUAUUGAUUUACA